UUUAAGCUAUUUUUGACUCCAAUCCUUUUCCAUAUUGCUAACUCGAGGGAAAAUAAAAUUGAAAGCAGCCCUCUGUUUGGAGAUAAUAUUGAAGUAGUCUCUACCACAGGCACUGAGCAGAAGGCAUGGAAGUGUUUUAAUUAUAGACAACUGGAUUUGGAGUCACCCAGUGGUGGUGACCUCAGACUCUAGUCCUGACGGGAGAGGUGGAGAUGUGUGUGCUCAGCCAGCUCAGCCACUUGGGUGGGGGAGGGAGGCACCCAGGUAAAGAAUAUGAGCCACAUGGGCUUGUGCCUUCUAUGAAGGGCUAGUUUGGGCUCCAUUUUGCUGUUGCCUGCCAAGUACUUGCCGUGGAAUCUGCGUUUGGGCUACAGGCUGACCUACACACAGCUCAUCCCCACUCAGCAGAGACUCACCGAGUGCCUCCUUUGUGCCAGGCUUCUUUGAGGCAUGAGGGAGUCAGUGGGGAACAAAACGGACAAGGCCCCUGGUCCCACUGAAGAGGAUAAAGUAAAGAAACAAGAACCCCCCGGGAGGAGGCUGACCAUUCUACCUCUUGUGGCCAUAAUGCUGACUGCCCGCCUCUUCAGACCCCUGUCACAGCUCCCAGGGAAAACCCUGAGUUUGUGUGAUAGAGAAAAGGGAACAAGACGCAUGCUGCUGCUUUACUCCGCCUCCCCUGUCCCUGUCAGCCUGCGCACUUACUCUGAUGAGGUGAACCCGGUUGGCAGCAAAGCUGUCCUGGUCACAGGCUGUGACUCGGGAUUUGGGUUCUCGUUGGCCAAACAUCUGCAUUCAAGAGGCUUCCUUGUGUUUGCUGGCUGCUUGAUGAAGGACAAAGGAAAUGAUGGGGUCAAGGAGCUGGACAGCUUGAAGAGCGAUCGACUAAGAACUGUUCAGCUCAAUGUCUGCAAAAGUGAGGAAGUGGACAAAGUGGUGGAGAUUGUCCGCUCGAGCCUGGAGGACCCUGAGAAAGGCAUGUGGGGCCUGGUCAACAACGCGGGCAUCUCGACUUUCGGAGAGGUGGAGUUCACCAGCAUGGAGACCUACAAGGAGGUGGCAGAAGUGAACCUCUGGGGCACGGUGCGGAUGACAAAAUCCUUUCUGCCCCUCAUCCGAAGGGCCAAAGGUCGCAUUGUCAACAUCAGCAGCAUGCUGGGCCGCAUGGCCAACCCAGCCCGCUCCCCAUAUUGCAUCACCAAGUUCGGGGUGGAGGCUUUCUCUGACUGCCUGCGCUACGAGAUGUACCCGCUGGGCGUGAAGGUCAGUGUGGUGGAGCCUGGCAACUUCAUUGCUGCCACCAGCCUCUAUAGCCCUGAGCGGAUCCAGGCCAUUGCCAAUAAGAUGUGGGAAGAACUGCCUGAGGUGGUGCGCAAGGACUAUGGCAGGAAGUACUUUGAUGAGAAGAUCGCCAAGAUGGAGACCUACUGUAACAGUGGCUCCACAGACACAUCCCCUGUCAUCAAGGCCGUCACCCACGCUCUGACCUCUGCCACGCCCUACACUCGCUACCACCCCAUGGACUACUACUGGUGGCUUCGAAUGCAGAUCAUGACCCACUUGCCCGGAGCGGUCUCCGACAGGAUCUACAUACACUGAAGAGUUUCCCACUGGCCUCUGUUGGGGAGCCCUGGUGGGAGGGAAGGAGGGAGGGGGGGAAGGGAGGGAGGAUCUUGACUACCUACUUGUGCAUUAUCUACACACAGUCUCAGGAGGACCUACCACCCGUUUUAGCAUUAGCCAGAGGGGACAGCCCAGACCUACUUGUGCGCACAACGAGUGGUCUGGGCCUUUGCAGUCAUGGUAUGGAGUGGUGUGCAGGGCCCCCAAACCUCAGGGCAAACACGGUACAUCCAACUCUCUGGAGCUGAUUUCAUACAAAGCGUUUGGGAAGACAUGUGUAUAUUAAAAACAGAUUUAUUAUCAA